AUGGCUCCGCCACCUGCGGUGCCGGAAGCGGACCACCAGGACGACGACGACGACAUCCCGGAAGGGACCGGGGUAGACCUGAGAGUGGCGGUACGUAGGCUCAAGGCCAGGAAUACCGCCCCAGGACCCGAUGGCUUGCCUGGCAAAGCCUGGGUCCUGGCCUCGGAGGCUCUCGGGCCCCGACUGGAGGGGCUCCUAAGCGCAUGCUUGGAGAGAGGCCAAUUCCCGCUUCGUUGGAAGACGGGGAAGCUGGUCCUCAUUCGGAAGCCGGGGCGCCCUGCGGACUCUCCGUCCGCAUACCGGCCCGUGGUGCUGCUCGACGAGGUGGGCAAGCUCUUUGAAAGAGUCAUUGCAAACCGCCUCGCCGAGCACCUUGCGGGGACGGGGCCGGAUCUUGCGGAACACCAGUUUGGUUUCCGCAAGAGGCGCUCUACGGUGGACGCCAUCAUGCGCGUAAGAGCCCUCACGACGGGGGAUGCAGUGGCCAGGGGGGGGGGUUGUUUUGGCGGUGUCUCUCGACAUCGCCAACGCCUUCAACUCCAUGCCCUGGAGCUGCAUUAG